AUGUCGGACGCAGAUUUUGAUUUUGAAGAAGCCUUUAGAGUAAUAAAAGUAGAUGAUACACACUACAAGGGAGCUCAUCCACUAAGACUUCCCAUUGCUGGAGCCAGAGGUGUCUAUGGGGGCCAUAUUUGUGCGCAGACUCUUCUUGUUGCGAUGGAAAGUGCCCCAGGGUACAUUGUACACUCGAUACAUUCAUAUUUUAUUGCUCCACCCACUAAUUUGAAGGUUUGUCAUUAUGAAGUAACCAACUUGCAAGAAGGAAAGAAUUUUGCCAAAAGGUUGGUAAAGUGUCUGCAGUAUCUGGCGAGUAAGAGGAGUAGUAAGAUUAUGUACACUUGCACGGUAAGCUUGGUGAAAAGAGGAUACGCAAAGGAUGUAGGCAAGAAAUCACUUGAUUUCCAAGUACCCCGUCCUCCCUUACAGGAGAAAUAUCAAAACCCUGAUGAACUUACUGUGAACCAUCAUACAAGUUUUGUCAAAAAUGCAUACUCUAAGGAAUUCACUAAUUAUGAGGAAUGCCCACAAGAAAAUAGCCAAGCACCUAGUAAACGGUGGAUUACGGUGUUUAGUGGGUUGGACCAACCCAAGCCAGUUAGGGAUCCUAAAUUUAACUAUGUGGGGCUCGCUUGUAUAUCUGACUCUGCUCUUUUGACCACCUUGGCAAGAGUAUUGCAUUUGCCCUGGAACCCUACAGAAUUGUACAAUACUGAGGACUUUGACGAGAACAAAGACGCUCUUGACUUGAUGCAAAUAUCGAUGAAUAUUAUUCAAAUUCAUCAUUAUACGGCGAUGUCGUUAGAUCACCAUAUAUAUUUCCACUGCGACAACGAGAGCGCAUUUGAUGUUGUGAAGGAUUGGCUUGCUUUCCACUAUCAAAUGAAAGUCUUAUCAAAUAAUAGGAUUUUGGUGAGAGGUGGUCUCUUUAACCCAGAGGGCAUUCAGGUUGCUACAGUCUUCCAAGAAGGCUUCGGUAUUAUUCACCCUGAAUUAUCAGAACAACUAAAACUUUAA